AUGCCACCGCCCCGGUACUCAAGGUACCGCACCGCCAAAAGAAUCUGGCGCUCGAUCAUCAACCUACUAUCCACAGGCUAUGUGUCUGAUUCGUCGGCGUUUGUCAAUCUGCGUCACAACACCACCAAGCCCAACCACCGCACCAAGAUCCGCAAGUCGAGAUGGUCGCGCAAACCAACGCCACGCGCCAAGCUGUCGAACCGGGUCUCGAACCGCGUGAUCCACGAGCUCACGAGCGAGGAGAACGGCGGCGAGAUCAUCAGCAACAUGUGGUCGUGGAGCUCGCUGUGGCUGUCGCUCUUUUCGUUCUGGAAGUCGCCGUCUGUCGGCUCGGCCACCAGACCAUCGCGCUCUGGCGUCGGCAACUUCAACGUCAACGUGUCCAUCUAG